AUGACCACUGAGGUAUAUGCAUAUGACUACUUUGGAAAUAAGGAGCAAUGUGGGGCGGAAAAUGACUGGGAAGUUGAAGUUGAGUGGUUAAUCAAAGAGAUAAUCAAACCAGAUCUUCCAAAUAUAAUUGAUAACUUCAGUAUGUGUCUGGAGAUGCUCCAAAGCGAGCAGGAAUUUGUGAUGCCGUUGAGUAAUGGUAAAGAAGAGAGCAAGAAUAGUGGAUCUCCCAUUGUAAAAGGUAUAAUGGUUAGGCAAGGUGAAUUUAUAAUAGACUUUCAAGUAAUGAUGUCUUUUGGACAGUUUAAAAAAGGGAAACAGAUAGUUGCUAAGAUGAAACCGUCUCAGAAAUACUUACUUGUUCAAUUUAGCACCACAAUCAUGAAAUUGAAGGAUAUAUUAAUAAAAUUACAAAAUCUACAAAUGAUUGAAGAUAUAGAGGAGUUUUACAAUGUUCUAGAGAGCGCUUUAGAAGAAUUGAAUGAUUGCAUUGAUACAUUACAAAAUCCACCUCAUGGGCUUACAUUCCCUGGAAAUAAUAAUGGCCCAAUCAAACAAAUGUUUGAUGACUAUGACAAUUUAUUUGAGUCAACACAUCAUCAAAUCGCACUCGACAUAACGAUAUUCAGGAAUGAAUUGUGCGUAGAAUUCAAAAACCUCACGAAAGUGACUAGACCACCUUGGGAUCAAGUCGAUUUGCGAACUGGAAAGUGUUUUGCAGAGAAAAUAAAAGAGGAACUCAAAGAGAAAAGGAAUAUGAAUUUGGAACAAGUUCUUCAAAGCCACGGUUUACAAAUUAACCAGCCCUCUUUAUUAGGCAAUAUAGUUUCUCGUUUGAGUUCGGAAAGCGUUACAUUACCAGAGGCUCAAGAUUAUCUGCGAAGGAGCGUUAGCUUUGAUAAACGUGUUGUUAUGGAGAUAGAGAAAGCAAGCCUUACAACAAGUGAUCCAUCCCUAAUAAGCAUCAGCUCGAAAUUACAAGGAUUGAAAACCUGCAUAAAUAAUCAUCUUUCAAACCUUUCAGCACAUAAAUAA